UUAUAGCUGUGCGAAACGAAAUCAUUUUAAGUGUUAUUCUGACGUUGGAAGCUGAGGCACGCGUGUGAUGGAGACUAUACCUUACAAUCGUUUAUUAUUACUGCCACCAAAUGCCCUUCAUAAUAUACGGAAAAUACAUAACUUGGACCAACCGAAAAGACUCGCUGAAGCCAUUUAUUUAUUAAGGGAGUGGCUGAAGAAACAGGAUCAUAUCGUGAAAAAAGAUUUCAGUGACGAAUAUUUGGAGAAAUCGCUCAUAUCAUGCAAAGGUUCGGUAGAGAAAGUGAAACACCAGUUAAAUAGUUCAUGCACUAUGAGAACUAUGAUUCCAAGGUUUUUCGCUGUGAGCAACGCUAAAACUGAACUGAAGGAACUUUUGGAUCUUGCAUGGCUCAUACCGCUUCCGACCGUCACAAAGGACUUUUACAGAGUGAUCAUGGUCAAAGUAAAUGAUAAACAGUUUACAGCUGAGAGUUUCAUGCAAUUCUAUCAAUACUCUAUUAUUGUUUGUGAAUACCUAAAAGCUCACGACUAUGUGAACGGUUUUAUCAUUGUCCACGAUUACAGUGAACUAAACGUCGUGGAUUUAGUGACAAAAAUGAGUGUUACGGAGUUGCAACAAUACGUCACUUUGAUAAUUGAAGGCUACGGGGCAAGAUUAAAAGGCAUACAUAUAUUAACUGAUUCGAAAACAAUUGAAUUAUUCGUGAAAACUCUCAAACAGUUGUUCAGCAAGAAAAUCGGUGAAAGAAUAUUUACCCAUCCAACUUACGAGGACUUGCAUGAAAUCAUUCCUAAAGAAAUGCUGCCGGUAGAAUACGGAGGGACUGAAAGGUCUAUCAAAGAAUUGCAAGGGGAUUGGCUCGAAGCAAUAAGUUCAGAUGAACAUGUGGCUUACAUGAAAAUGAUGAACAAAGCCUGCACUGAUGAAUCCAAGAGACUAACGGGAAAAUUCAACGAGGAUUACCUUGGAAUGCCGGGAUCCUUCAGGAGCUUGACUGUAGAUUAGAAUCACUAGGAAAUAGAUAAUAAGAAAUUAUGGGAUACUUA